GAAACUCACUCUUGGGAACACUCUGCGGCUCCUGCGAAUCCCUGUGGGUUUCUUCGCAGUGCAGCUCCUCUCAGCCUCAACUUUGCCAUAGCUUCUGCUGGUCUGCAAAUCCUGGGGAUCAUCCUGACACUGCUUGGCUGGGUGAAUGCUCUGGUGUCCUGUGCCCUGCCCCCGUGGAAGGUGACCGCCUUCAUCAGCAACAACCUCAUCAUGGCCCAGGUGGUGUGGGAGGGGCUGUGGAUGUCCUGCAUGGUUCAGAGCACAGGCCAGGUGCAAUGCAAGGUGUAUGACUCCCUGCUGGCACUGCCCCAGGACCUGCAGGCUGCCCGUGCCCUCUGCGUCAUUGCCCUUCUGUUGGCCCUGCUUGGGCUGCUGGUCUACCUUGCAGGAGCCAAGUGUACCGCCUGUGUGGAGGACAAGGACUCCAAGGCCUGUCUGGUGCUAGUCUCUGAGAUCAUCUGUGUCAUCUCAGGGGUCCUGAUCCUGAUCCCCAUCUGCUGGACGGCUCACGCCAUCAUCUGGGACUUCUACAACCCCCAGGUGUCGGAUGUCCAAAAGCGGGAGCUGGGAGCCUCCCUCUACUUGGGCUGGGCAGCCUCUGGCCUUUUGUUGCUGGGAGGGGGCUCCCAGUUCUCGAGCCGUUAUAUGGCCCGAUACUCGGCGUCCGCCGCACAUGCCACCCCUCAGGGUGCCCCUGUACCUACUAAGAAUUAUGUCUGAUUCUGGUAGGGAAAUGGAGACUCCCUUGACCGUGGAGCCUAACCCUCUGAACUGGAGACAUCGAGAUGGUGAUCCAGACAGCUUGGGGAUUGUUUUUAUCUUUUUUGCUUUUUGGGGGAGGGGUAUUUUUAAAAUGCAUAACCUAACCAAGGAACCCAAGUCUUUCCUGGGCUGUGCUGUUGGUCUUUCUCACCUUUGGAUGAUGGAUCCAAGGACGUGAUGCUUCACGGUUUCUGGAUCUUUCUCCACGCUGGACAUCCCCAUCUUGGAGGCCAACCUGGAGCUGUGGGCCAACAUAAAGGCUGCCGGCUGUUUCAGCCUGUCCCUGAGUCCUUCCCUACUAGUCAGGCCUCUGGAACCCCUGGGGGCUCUUGAGCCUCAUGUGGCCUUUAGAAGAGCAGAUGAUAAGUCACCAAAGAACUGCCUGCUUCCAAGUCUUAUGACCUCUGGCUCCUCUACCUGGAGUCCCGUCCGAGCUGUGCUAUAGACUCCCCCCCAUCCUCCCUUCAACCCCUGCCCACUUCAGCCAUGCCUCCGCCCAUACACUCACCAGUGUUUGCUAAA